CUAGGAUUAACUGAAGACCAUUUCUCACAUCCAGAGGGUUACUUUGGAUUCACGAGAAUAGAAGAGUUGGAAUUGGCAAUUGAGAAUUGUAAAGAUAUGGUCAAAGAAGCUCCUGAACACACCGAUAAACGGAGAGAAUUAGUGAAAAAGUUGGUACAACUACGCAUGAAAUUACAAGAACUUAAGGAAGGUCCAGAAGAAGAUGAGCCACACAUCAAAGUAGCACUAGGGCAUAAAUUCAGGAAGAAAAAUAGUAAAAGCUCUAAAUAUCACUGCGAUAAAUGUGUGGGUUUAAUAUGGGGUAUGAUUCAGACCUGGUAUAAAUGUAAAGGUUGUGGCUAUAUCUGCCAUGCAAAGUGUUUACCUUCCAUCACAAGGACUUGUAUUAGUAGCAAGGUAAGUAUUUCUACGGCAUCUUUUAUCAUGAAUGUUUGUCCUGAAUCAGGAUUAGCAUCACAGACUUUCAGAUGUGCUGAAUGUAAGAAUCAAAUUGCCGUCAAAAGUACAAAUGCAGAAGCACGUCUGUGUGAUUAUAGUGGUAGUUAUUAUUGUGAAGAGUGUCAUUGGAAUGACUGUGAAAUCAUACCUGCUAGGGUAGUACAUAAUUGGGACUUUGAACCCAAAAAGGUAUCUCGACAGUCAAGACAAUUUUUAAAAUUAAUGAUGAAAAAGGCAGUAAUUAGGAUACAUGAUAUAAAUCCAAUGUUGUUCAAUUAUGUGGAAGAGCUUGGUCAAAUUAGGAAACUUCGAGAAGAUAUUUUAAUAAUGAAGCUUUAUUUCCUGUCCUGUAAAAAUGCCUUGGAAAGUCGAAUUCUUUUGCUGCUCAAAGAACGUCAACAUUUUGUUGAUAACUCUGAGAUUUAUUCUUUACAAGAUUUGAAAGAUACCAAUGAUGGGGUACUUUUAUCUGAAUUGCAUGAAAUUCAUACAGAAUUUGCAAAACAUAUCAAACAAGACUGCCAGUUAUGUCAAGCCAAAGGUUUUAUAUGUGAACUCUGUGGUACUGAUGAGGUAUUAUAUCCAUUUGAUGUAUUAGCAAGUAUGUGUCUUCAUUGUAAUGCUGUAUUUCAUACUGUGUGUUACAGUAGGAAUAACGGGGAAUGUCUGAAAUGUGAGAGAAUGUCUCAAAGGAAGACUCCAGUUGAAACACCACUGCCAUCAUAA